GUGAUUUUGUUUACACAUUUCUCCUGAAUUCUCACUAACUUAACUGUUCCUCCCAGGAUAGCUGGUAAUAGCACGCUGAGGUUUUCUUCUGGAGUCCACUCAAACCUGGCCUGGUGGACGGGUCCCUAUGCAUACACUGCCUCCCUCUGGCAGAUGAGUAACCAGCGGGGCACAGUCACACGGCCAGAUAGUUCCCUGCGAGCGCGGCGCGUCCUCCGGCUCGCAGCAUGCCCGUCACCAGCCGGGCAGGGAGCCUGAAGGACCCUGAGAUCGCAGAACUGUUUUUUAAGGAGGACCCCGAGAAGCUCUUCACAGACCUUCGUGAGAUCGGUCAUGGCAGUUUUGGCGCAGUGUAUUUUGCACGGGAUGUGCGGACCGCAGAGGUGGUGGCCAUUAAGAAGAUGUCCUAUAGUGGGAAACAGACUAAUGAGAAAUGGCAGGAUAUCAUUAAGGAAGUCAAGUUCCUCCAGAGAAUACAACACCCAAACAGCAUAGAGUAUAAAGGAUGCUACCUGCGGGAACACACGGCUUGGCUUGUCAUGGAGUACUGUUUGGGCUCUGCCUCUGACCUUCUUGAGGUUCACAAGAAGCCCCUUCAGGAAAUUGAGAUUGCAGCAAUUACCCAUGGUGCUUUGCAGGGCCUUGCAUACCUCCAUUCUCAUAACAUGAUUCACAGGGAUAUCAAAGCUGGGAACAUCCUGCUGACCGAGCCUGGACAAGUCAAACUGGCAGAUUUUGGUUCUGCCUCCAUCGCCUCUCCAGCCAACUCUUUUGUGGGGACACCAUAUUGGAUGGCCCCUGAAGUAAUUUUAGCCAUGGACGAGGGACAGUAUGAUGGAAAGGUUGACAUCUGGUCUCUUGGGAUCACCUGCAUAGAACUAGCCGAAAGGAAACCUCCUCUGUUUAACAUGAAUGCGAUGAGUGCCUUAUACCACAUAGCACAGAAUGAGAGCCCUAUGCUGCAGUCAAGUGAAUGGACGGAUUAUUUUAGAAAUUUUGUUGACUCUUGCCUUCAGAAAAUUCCCCAAGACAGACCACACUCUGAGGAUCUGUUGCAGCAUGCCUUCGUCCUGCGAAAGAGACCAGAAUCAGUUCUGAUAGACUUAAUUUUGCGGACAAAAGAUGCGGUCCGAGAGCUGGACAACCUGCAGUACCGCAAAAUGAAGAAGAUUCUCUUCCAGGAGGCGCACAAUGGGCCGACCACUGAGACCCAGGAGGGAGAUGAGGAGCCAGAGCACGGUCCUGGUCGCACGGGCACAGUGAGCAGUGUGGGCAGUAAUCAGUCCAUUCCCAGCAUGUCGAUCAGCGCAAGCUCUCAGAGCAGCUCAGUGAACAGCAUUCCUGAUGCAGCUGAUGACAAGAGUGACCUUGAUCUAGAGAAAGACCAUACUGUUAUGUCUAAUAGUUCGGUCAUUCACCUGAAGCCUGAAGAAGAGGAGGUUUAUCCUGAGGAUCCUGAAACACGUCCUCGUCCCUCAGAAGCCCAGGCAGCACCCGCACAGCCCCCACAGCGCAAACACCACCGCAACCGCGAGCACUUUGCCACCAUCCGCACAGCAUCUCUGGUGACACGCCAGAUGCAGGAACAUGAGCAGGAUUCUGAGCUGAGGGAGCAGAUGUCCGGUUACAAGCGCAUGAGGCGGCAGCACCAGAAGCACCUUAUGGCACUGGAGAACAAACUGAAAGCGGAGAUGGAUGAACACAGGCUGAGACUGGACAAAGAGCUGGAGGCCCAGAGGAAUAGCUUUGCCGCUGAGAUGGAGAAACUUGUGAAGAAAAACCAAGCAUCCAUAGAAAAAGAUGCCAAGACAUUUGCCAAUGAUGAGAAGAAAUUCCAACAGCACAUUCAAGCACAGCAAAAGAAAGAGCUUAGUAGCUUCCUGGAGUCACAGAAACGAGAGUACAAGCUAAGAAAGGAACAACUGAAAGAGGAACUAAAUGAGAACCAGUCCACCCCAAAGAAAGAGAAGCAGGAGAGGCUUUCGAAGCAGAAGGAGAACUUUCAGCACUACCAGGCAGAGGAGGAGGCCAACCUACUCCGUCGACAGCGGCAGUACCUGGAGCUGGAAUGUCGUCGCUUUAAACGGCGAAUCCUCAUUGCAAAACACAAUGUAGAGCAAGACCUUGUACGCGAGGAGCUAAAUAAGCGGCAAACGCAGAAAGAUCUGGAACAUGCCAUGCUGCUCCGCCAUCACGAGUCCAUGCAAGAGCUGGAGGUGAGACAGCUGGGCACCAUCCAGAAGAUGCGUACUGAGCUGAUCCGCUUGCAGCAUCAGACUGAACUCACCAACCAGCUAGAGUACAACAAACGCAGAGAGCGAGAGCUACGCCGCAAACACGUUAUGGAGGUCCGGCAACAGCCCAAGAGCCUUAAAUCUAAAGAGCUGCAGAUCAAGAAACAGUUCCAGGACACGUGUAAAAUUCAGACACGGCAGUAUAAGGCCCUGCGCAACCACCUCCUGGAGACCACACCAAAGUCUGACCACAAGGCUGUGCUGAAGAGAUUGAAGGAGGAACAGACCCGGAAAUUAGCCAUCCUUGCUGAGCAGUACGACCAUUCCAUCAAUGACAUGCUGUCCACACAAGCUCUGCGAUUGGAUGAGGCACAGGAGGCCGCAUGUCAGGUGCUAAAGAUGCAGCUGCAGCAGGAGCUGGAGUUGCUAAAUGCUUAUCAGAGCAAGAUCAAGAUGCAGACGGAUGCACAGCACGAUCGUGAGAGGAAAGAGCUGGAGCAGAGGGUUUCGCUGAGGAGGGCUCUUCUUGAGCAGAAGAUUGAAGAGGAGAUGGUUACCCUGCAAAAUGAGCGUUCAGAGCGAAUCCGCAGUCUAUUAGAGAAGCAGGCCCGGGAGAUCGAGGCGUUUGACUCUGAAAGCAUGCGUCUGGGCUUCAGCAACAUGGUGCUUUCUAGCCUGGCCUCAUCCGACGGCCACAGCCACAGCUUCCCGGGGGCCCAGAGUAGCUGGGGCUCUCAGUACGGUGCAGGCUCUCAGGGGUCACACUGGGGAGGGCACCAUAGCGGCAGCCAGCACGGCCACCACCACCACCCAAGCCACAGUGACUCUAUCCAGCAGCCUUGGGGUCACGGCCUGCCUUCAGGGGGGCCACCUCCCUGGGGGCACCACGUGUCUGGGGGCAGUCAGCGCUCGAGCGGGGGAAGUGUUGGGCUACGGAACAGUCCCCAGGUGGUACGGCGGGCCACCUCAGGGGGCCGCAGUGAGCAGGGGAUGAGCAGGAGUGCCAGCAUCGCCUCUCAGAUUUCCAAUGGUUCGCACUUGUCCUACACAUAAGACCACCCGCUGCUCUCCCACAACACCCAUCUUGACCCAAAAUGCCAUAGGGGAAGGGACAAAGGGGCACCGUUUUUUUUUUUUUUUUUUUUUUUUUUAACACCCAUUCCUUUAUUUCUAAUCCUCUACAUUCAUAUGUUAUACACAUGUUAAGCACAAAAUGCAUCCAUUGUAGUUUAAGUUCUAAGAAUGUUAGCCGGAAGGGAACUGGCCAGUUGUAUCAAACUACAGCUAGAAUCCAGAAUGUCAUUUUCGCAAUGAUGUGAAAAAGUUUUGAAUUCAGAGAAAAUGCACUGCAUAUGUAGAGUGUGUUUAUCUGAUUUGAAAAUGUUAGUGAGGGUGAGAAUGAAUAUAUGAAUGCUGUGCAUUACCUCUCACAGGUGAGACUGUAAGUCUUAAUGCAGUGGGUUUUAUCAUGGUCUCAUUAACAGCUGGUUUCGGUUGUAUAGAGCAGGAGAGGAAAAACAUUGAUUCAUAAGAAAACAAUUGCCGAAAUAUAUAUAAAUAGAGGGUAUAAAGGUUGGAUAGCAGAUAGUGAAAGAAUCAAGCUUUACAAUGCACUUGAUUUUGUCUAGCUUAGUAUUUUAUAAACAAGCACUAAUUUUAAUGUGUUAUUAAACCAUAUGCUCUUUUUGUGCCAGAACAAAUUUUAACUUUGAAAAGAUACUGUGAAAUUCCAAGAUUUUGUUAGAAAUAUUUUGAUUAUUGAAUUAUCUUGAUUUUGUUUUGUUUAUGUUGCCAUUGCCAUCCUUCCACAGGUCCAAAUAACCAAAAACUGCGUGGAGAGCAGGAUGCCAUUUUGCUUUUAAAACUUUGAAAACAUAGCCUAAAAUUGUGAUAGUAGGUGUAUGAACAGAUGUGCUCGAUUGCUAUAGGCCAAAAGGACAUAAGUUAUAAGGUAGGUGAGGGAUAUGAUAUAACUAUAUUAACGUGGAGGUACUUUGGUGGUCUUGAAAGGUAGGGGUGUCUUGAACUGAAUAUGUAGAAUGACACUUAAACAGGUUUUGCUGUGUGAAUGUACGUAAGUGUUAAAGCAUGCUGGCAUGGUAAAUCAUCACUCCUGAAUAACAGUAUAAAAGCAGAAGCAGUUGAAGUAUGUUAAUGUUUGUUUUAGUCUUUUUAUUUAGUGAUGCCAAAGUUAAUAAUUGCAACUAUGCAAAAGGAUAAUAGCCUGUCACAUUCAUGUCUUCUUUCACUAAGCUUAACAUCACAUAAAAGCACUUUACCAUCCUUUUCUACUCUUAGUUGCUCACAUACAAGCAGAUCUCCUGGUCCUUGGGUGCCCCCUCCUCCCCUUUCUCAGGCUGGGUUUGACAAGAGCGUGUUGUGUGGAUUUUAGGGGUGGGGAGGUCUGGGUUGGGUAGGCUUGAGACCGCUGAAUGUUUUUGCUGGGCGGGUGGGUGCCGCUGCUGUCGUCCCUGCAAUGCCUUUGUUUCUUCCAUGCCCACCCCAGAGCUCCAGCGACUGCCGCCCACCCUCCAACUGAACACUUAUCACAGCAUGUAGAAAAAGUGAUUAGAAAUGCAAUGAAAAAAGGUCAGAUAGAAUAUAAAACGUGAAAACGUGUGUGUAUAUUGUAUAUUUAGAAAUUUAAAUCAAUGAAUAAAUUGAAAUCAAUUUAAAGACCCAAGUUAAAACUAGACUAAAAUUUAUUUGCUUGAAUGUGAAAAUAAAAGAAAAAAUAACUUGGUUUCUAAUAUUGAUUAUUUAAAAAGAGAAAAAAUUCUAUAUAUGUAUACAUGAAGCAUAUUCUCGGAGGUGUCAAGCUCAGCCAAAAAAAAAAAAAGAAUAUAUAAAUAUAUUUCCCCUGCAAUUACACUUAUACAGAGGAUGUCACUUUCCUUAGUCCUCUCUUUGCUCCUUGCUUUCAAAAGUAUGAAUUACCAUAUUCACUAGUGCCAGUACUCAUGUUCUGUUAUCUGUGAUCCAGCAGUGAACUUUCAUUUUAUAAAAGAUAAAAGGCAUAGGUUUUCAUUCAAAAAAAGAGAGAGAGAAAUGUCUGUCAUGCCUAUUUCAGAAUGGCUUCAAAAACAUUUUUCCAGUAAAAAAAAAAAUUCUAGUUUGUAAUAUCAAUGCUAUCUAUAAUAACUAUCAACUAUGAACAGUAUUUUGGCACAUUUCUGGUAUAUGCAUGGGAUUGCAGAUUUCAUGAAGUUGCUUAUCUCAGACUGACUAGCUAAAACCAACUGAGCCAAUCCUAAAGAUUUGGACCAAAUGUAACAAAUUAACAAGAUUAUUGACCCGGGUAAAUGACUUAUAACAUGCCAAUCACUUAAUCACAUUCAGUACUCUAAUGGAAUCACUGGACCAGAGGUACAGCCAAAGACUCAAAAUGUGAGUUUACACUCGCAAACAGGGUCAUGCAGUAUUUUCCAAAGGUGAGAAGUGUGCCCUGUUAUAAGAGAGCUGAUUUCUUAAGCUCAUAGCAUCCUUGUUUUAAUGACCCUUUUGACAAGUGUGAAAACAACAGGAUGAAGAAUAAUCAAAGAAGGUGGUACAUCUCUGUACAGUGUUUACCAGUAUUUCAACCUUUUUCUUUUUUCUGGUUGUCUCGUUUUUUUUUUUUUUAGCUUCAACAUUACCAUAGCAAUCCAUAUUUAGCCUGUAUUAAAAUGUAUAGAUUGUAAAAAACUGAAUGUUGGAGAGAUUACAAAAAAUGUUAUGGCUGUUCAUAACAAAACACAAGUGAAUUAAAAUAUACACAAAUUAUGAAAUCCUAAGGGGACAAAGGUAAUGUUUUGUUUGUAAUUACUCCUUUUGUUGGCAGAGGGCUACUGGACAAACAAAUCAACUGUAAUAAAGUAAUUUUAGUACA